AUCUGUCAAACAGCUGAUACAUUUUGUAAACAAAUACACAUUCCACAGCUAAUAAAAUUGUUUUAUUUUUGUCAAAAUAAAGAAGUUUUUAUGGUGCUCACGAUGACCGAGGAUGUCCAAAGACAUUCUGUCCACACUCUGGUAUUCCGAUCGUUGAAACGGUCCCACGAUAUGUUUUUAUCUAACCAAGGUUUGUUGCCUCCAGUGGACGAGACGGCGGAAAAAAUAAGGAAAGCCGUGAAAGCACGCGACUGCUAUGGCAUGGUGUUCGACGACGUGAAGAAAAUGCAAGCCAUGAAACACCUCCGAGAGUCCGAAGCGGGCCCCAAUCCUCCGCCCCCCGGGACAGCUGAGACGGAAGCAGCAGAAUUGAGCGAAGGCGCUGUCGUUCCCUACAUGGAAAACGGUUUUGCCAACAGAAAUCAGCCGGUUAACAGUCAGAACCAACUGGCCAAUAUCAUGAAGAAAGCUCCUACCAUGCCCAAGCCCAAAUGGCACGCGCCUUGGAAGUUGUACAGGGUGAUUGCUGGACAUUUGGGGUGGGUUCGGUGUGCUGCAGUUGAACCAGGAAAUGAGUGGUUUGCUACUGGUGCUGCUGAUAGGAUAAUCAAAAUUUGGGACUUGGCAAGUGGUCAGCUGAAAGUGUCUCUCACAGGACAUGUGAGUACAGUGAGAGGUUUAGCUGUCAGUGCUCGACAUCCUUAUUUGUUCAGUUGUGGUGAAGAUAGACAAGUGAAGUGUUGGGAUUUGGAAUACAACAAGGUUAUAAGACAUUAUCAUGGACAUUUAUCUGCUGUUUAUUCUCUGGCUCUGCAUCCCACUAUAGAUGUACUUUUGAGUGCUGGUAGGGAUUCCACUGCUAGAGUUUGGGAUAUGAGAACAAAGGCCAAUAUACACACUUUGACAGGCCAUACUCAUACAGUGUCAACUGUAUUGGCCCAAGCUUCUGAACCUCAGAUUAUUACUGGUUCUCAUGAUUCAACUAUAAGAUUAUGGGAUUUAGCAGCAGGAAAAUCUAUGUGCACUUUGACAAAUCAUAAAAAGAGUGUCAGGGAUUUGGUUCUACACCCCACAUUGAACAUGUUCGCCUCCGGUUCCCCCGACAACAUAAAACAAUGGAAAUGCCCCGACGGCAAAUUCAUCCAGAACCUAUCAGGCCACAACGCCAUCGUCAACUGUCUCGCCGUCAACCCGGAAGGGGUCCUUGUUUCCGGGGGCGAUAACGGCACCCUCCAUCUGUGGGACUGGCGAACCGGUUACAAUUUCCAAAGAUUGCAAGCCCCCGUACAGCCGGGGUCGAUGGACAGCGAAGCAGGGGUGUUUUCCAUGGUUUUCGACCACUCCGGGUCGCGGCUGAUCACCACCGAGGCCGACAAGACGAUCAAGAUUUACAAGGAGGACGAUACCGCUACGGAAGAGACGCAUCCGAUCAAUUGGAAGCCGGACAUUUUGAAGAGAAGGAAGUUUUAGAUAGUUUCAUAUCCGUGUUUUUUAUAUCUUCAAUAAAGCGAAUAAUUUAU